UGUUGGCUGACAGCAGAACUCGGUUACUUUUCCUCUCUCUGGUCUGUGCUCAUUUCUAUGCGGUGGCAGAGCGAGAAACGGCGGCCGCCGAUUGCUUAAUCGCCGCCAAAUUCAGAUGUUCAGUCUAUAUAUGGAUCUGUGAGUCGUGGGAGGGCCGAGUCGCCGGAAAGUUGACCAGAUCGGUGGUGGGAAUUGAUCGGAUGCAAAGUCGGUGGGCGAUGUGGCUUCCGUUUCAUCAUUAUAUUUUAAGUUGAAUGUAGAGUUUGGUUCGUAGUUGUAGAUUCGUUGGAUCUGUGGAUUUGCUACUCUUGUUUUGUGCGAAGGAGAGGUGAGCCAAAAUGCUGCGGUUGAGGGCUUUCCGCCCAACGAACGACAAGAUCGUGAAGAUCCAAAUGCACCCGACCCAUCCGUGGCUGGUGACUGCCGAUGCAUCGGAUCGUGUCUCCGUUUGGAAUUGGGAACACCGCCAGGUGAUUUAUGAGCUGAAAGCUGGUGGCGUCGAUGAGAGGCGUUUGGUGGGUGCCAAGCUGGAGAAGCUUGCAGAGGGCGAAUCAGAGCCUAAAGGGAAACCGACAGAAGCCAUGCGUGGUGGGAGUGUUAAGCAGGUUAGCUUUUAUGACGAUGAUGUAUGCUUCUGGCAACACUGGCACAAUCGUUCUGCUGCUGCUGAAGCUCCAUCAGCUGUCAAUAAUGUUGCUUCAGCUUUUAGUUCUCCUGCCCCAUCAACAAAAGGAAGGCAUUUCCUUGUCAUCUGCUGCGAAAAUAAAGCUAUUUUUUUAGACUUGGUGACAAUGCGUGGCCGUGAUGUACCAAAGCAGGAAUUGGACAACAGAUCACUUCUCUGCAUGGAGUUCCUUUCAAGAUCAUCUGGUGCAGAUGGCCCUCUUGUGGCUUUUGGUGGAUCAGAUGGUGUAAUUAGAGUUCUUUCAAUGAUAACGUGGAAGCUUGUUCGAAGGUACACAGGAGGCCAUAAAGGAUCAAUUUCUUGCUUAAUGACCUUCUUGGCUUCCUCUGGCGAGACACUUUUGGUCUCGGGUGGCAGUGAUGGUCUACUUGUGCUCUGGAGUGCUGACCAUGGUCAAGAUUCGCGGGAACUUGCUCCCAAGCUGAGCUUGAAAGCUCAUGAUGGGGGAGUUGUGGCUGUUGAGCUUUCUAGAGUGAGUGGAGGUGCGCCGCAACUAAUUACAAUUGGUGCAGACAAGACUCUAUCUAUCUGGGACACAAUCUCAUUUAAGGAGUUGCGUCGCAUUAAACCUGUUCCAAAACUGGCUUGCCAUAGUGUGGCAUCAUGGUGCCAUCCUCGUGCUCCAAACCUUGAUAUAUUAACCUGUGUCAAAGACUCCCAUAUAUGGGCAAUUGAGCAUCCCACUUAUUCAGCUUUGACGAGACCGUUAUGUGAACUUUCCUCACUAGUCCCUCCGCAAGUUCUUGCAUCUCACAAGAAACUCAGGGUUUAUUGCAUGGUUGGACAUCCUUUACAGCCACACCUUGUUGCCACUGGAUCAAAUCUUGGUAUCAUUGUCAGUGAGUUUGAUGCCAGGUCUCUUCCAGCUGUUGCUCCCCUGCCGACGCCGUCAGGAAGCCGAGAACAUUCUGCUGUGUAUGUGGUUGAAAGGGAACUAAAAUUGUUGCAAUUCCAGUUGUCUAACACUGCAAAUCCAUCCCUUGGAAGCAAUGGCUCCUUGUCUGAAGCAGCCAGGUUCAGGGGAGACUCAGUUGAACAUCUACAUGUCAAGCAGGCCAAGAAGCACAUUAGUACACCUGUUCCACAUGAUUCUUACUCGGUUCUUUCUGUGAGCAGCUCAGGAAAGUAUCUUGGAAUUGUUUGGCCUGAUAUUCCUUACUUCUCAAUCUACAAGGUCAGUGAUUGGUCUGUUGUAGAUUCAGGCAGUGCAAGACUUUUAGCUUGGGAUACAUGUCGUGACAGAUUUGCUCUAUUGGAAUCUGCAUUACCUCCUAGAAUACCAAUAAUUCCCAAGGGUAGUUCAUCAAAAAAAGCAAAGGAGGCAGCUGCAGCUGCAGCACAAGCUGCUGCAGCAGCUGCCAGUGCUGCUUCUUCAGCCAGUGUUCAAGUUCGAAUCUUGCUUGAGGAUGGGACAUCAAAUAUAUUGAUGAGAUCUGUAGGCAGCCGCAGUGAACCAGUUAUUGGUUUGCAUGGAGGUGCUUUGCUUGGUGUCGCAUAUCGAAUUUCACGAAGGGUCAGCCCUGUGGCUGCCACAGCUAUUUCUACAAUUCAGUCAAUGCCCUUGUCAGGCUUUGGUAGCAGUGGUCUUUCUUCUUUUACAACCAUAGAUGAUGGAUUGUCUUAUAAUAGGUCUCCUGCUGAAGCAGCCCCUCAGAACCUUCAACUUUAUAGCUGGGAAACCUUUCAACCUGUGGGUGGUCUUCUUCCUCAACCUGAAUGGACUGCAUGGGAUCAAACUGUUGAGUAUUGUGCUUUUGCAUAUCAGCAAUACAUUGUCAUAUCUUCCUUGCGCCCUCAGUAUAGAUACUUGGGAGAUGUGGCAAUUCCCCAUGCUACUGGGGCUGUUUGGCAACGGAGACAGCUGUUUGUGGCAACACCAACUACUGUUGAGUGUGUUUUUGUGGAUGCUGGAGUUGCGCCUAUUGAUAUAGAAACAAAAAGGAGAAAAGAAGAGAUGAAACUGAAAGAGGCACAGGCACGAGCUGUGGCAGAUCAUGGGGAGUUAGCACUGAUCACAGUUGACAGUCAGCAAACAGUCUCUGAAGAAAGUAUAAAAUUGAGACCCCCAAUGCUACAGGUGGUGCGAUUAGCUUCCUUUCAGCAUGCUCCUUCUGUGCCACCAUUUUUGUCAUUGCCUAAACAAUCUAAAGUUGCUGGGGAUGAGUCAGUAAUGCCAAAAGAGAUACAAGAAAGAAAAGUUAACGAGGUAGCUGUUGGUGGUGGUGGCGUGUCAGUGGCAGUUACCCGCUUCCCAGCAGAGCAGAAAAGGCCAGUUGGGCCUCUUGUUGUAGUGGGUGUUAGAGAUGGGGUUCUAUGGCUAGUUGAUAGAUACAUGUGUGCUCAUGCAAUAUCCCUUAGCCACCCUGGAAUUCGAUGCCGUUGUCUUGCUGCCUAUGGAGAUGCUGUUAGUGCAGUAAAAUGGGCAAGUCGGCUUGGUAGAGAACAUCAUGAUGACUUGGCACAGUUUAUGCUUGGGAUGGGUUAUGCAAACGAAGCGCUUCACUUGCCUGGAAUAUCAAAGAGGUUGGAGUUUGAUCUGGCAAUGAAGAGCAAUGAUCUGAAAAGAGCACUGCAGUGCCUCUUGACAAUGAGCAACAGUAGGGAUAUAGGGCAAGAUACUGUGGGACUAAACUUAACAGAUAUUCUCAGUUUAACUGAUAGGAAGGAAAACAUUGUGGAUGCUGUCCAAGGCGUAGUGAAAUUUGCAAAGGAAUUUUUAGAUCUUAUUGAUGCUGCUGAUGCUACAGCACAAGGUGAUAUUGCCCGGGAAGCUCUGAAGAGGUUAGCUGCUGCAGGUUCAGUAAAAGGCGCCCUAAGGGGUCAUGAAUUAAGAGGGCUAGCUUUACGCCUUGCAAAUCAUGGAGAGUUGACACGGCUGAGUAAUUUGGUAAAUAAUUUGAUCUCAGUUGGCUCUGGAAGAGAAGCAGCAUUUGCAGCUGCAGUUUUGGGUGACAACACUCUCAUGGAGAAAGCAUGGCAGGAUACUGGCAUGCUUGCAGAGGCCGUCCUUCAUGCCCAUGCACAUGGGCGACCAUCAUUAAGGACCUUGGUCCAAGCCUGGAACAAAGUGCUACAGAAGGAAAAGGAAGGCACUCCAUCAAAGACCACGGAUGCAGCAGCUGCGUUUCUGGCUUCUCUUGAGGACCCGAAGCUUACAAGUUUGGCUGAUGCAGCAAAGAAACCACCAAUUGAAAUUCUUCCUCCUGGUAUGACAUCUCUAUACGGUCCCAUCCCUGGUCAGAAAAAGCCCGGCCCUCUUUCACAGGGUUCACAGCAGCAGCCCGGCAAGCCCAUGCUACUAGAAGCACCACCUGCUGCCACGCCAGUAAGUGCUCCUCAACCAGCAGAAUCUGGUGUGCCACCUCCGUCAGACUCGAGUGCUCCACCUCCAUCCGAGCCAACUCCUCCUCCUCCUCUCCCCUCGGAGUCAAGUGCUCCGCCUCCUGCCGAGUCAAGUGCUUCACCUCCUUCAGAUUCAAAUCCUUCAGCUCCCUCGGACUCAGCUACUCCAGCUUCCUUGGAACCAAAUGCUCCUCCUCUGGCGCCCUCAGAAUCAAAUGCUCCACCUCCCUCAGAACCGAGUGCUCGAACUCCAGACAAUCAAACUCCCCCUUCCUCAGCGGAUGACAAUCUUCUACUUAUCCCCACGGAAAGCGUCGUUGCGGCAGCAUCUGCCAGUAGCCAAGCCAUGACAGAGCCGCCCCACCCGGUCACCAAUGUUCAAGGAAUGGACUUCUUCUUGUAGGCAAGACCCGAGGAUCCAUUAAACUCUUUGCACUGUCUUGGACUUUUGAAAAGGUGAGUGAGCUGAGAACUAACUAGUUUGUGCUCGGUCUAGGUUCCUCUCCUCUCCCACACUGCUGCUUUUAGCUUGGGCUUGUUCAAAGAAAAUGACUGGUUCGCGAGCAUCGUUCUUCUCUUUUCCAUGAAAUAUUAUGUAUUCUUCCCAUUCUUUUCUUCCCGCAGGAGUGUGGAAAAGUAGGUUAGUCUAGUCUGUAAGACAUACACAUAGCUUUGUAUAUCUUGGCAAUUGUUUGGGGCAUUGUAUUCCUUGGUUUUCAGCAGUUUCUAGCUUUGGAAAUUGUUGGCAAUUGCUUUCGCUUUAGAUUUCAUUGUUUAUACAGUUAACAUUGGGUGGGUACAUUCAGUUUGAGCAUUAGCUUUGUCAUGAAGAUUUCUUUUCUCCCAAACAUUACAAUUCAGCUUUCUUCUUGCU